AUGUCGAAAUAUCAUUCCCAAGCCUGGCGCAUCCGGAAUAAAGUUCAAGGAGCUUGUACUGAUGAAGGCAUCGAUCAAAACCUCUCACUCGAGGAAGUGCCCAAACCCAGCCCUAAGGAGGGCCAGAUUCUUGUCCGAAUCCACGCUGCCUCUCUUAACUACCGAGACCUCCUAGUAUUGACUUCGGAUCCUGUCUACCUCGGAGGAGGCCCCGACGAUGGCAUAGUGCCACUCGGUGACGGCGCUGGUGUCGUCGUCGAAGUCAAUUCGCCAACGUCGAGAUGGAAGGUCGGCGACAAGGUCAUCAACGCCACCAACUCGUCUUGGAAAACCGGCCAAACUCAAGGCGCCUUCGACAUCAAACUCGGACUCGGCGGAAAGAACAUCGAUGGAGAUUCGCUGGCCCCCUUACCCUCUCACUUGACAUUCGAGGAAGCUGCAGCUCUCAGCGGCCCAUACGUUUCGGCUUGGAAUGCGUUGUUUGGAGGCCCACAGCAACUCAAAAGGGGAGACACCGUGGUGAUCCAGGGUACCGGUGGUGUUAGUGUUGCCGGGCUACAGACCGCCGUGGCUGCCGGGGCUGAGGUCAUCGCCUUCUCAACGUCGGAGGAGAAACUUGAUCUUCUUCGGAAACUUGGUGCAAAGCAUGCAAUCAACUACAAGAAUAACCCCACCUGGAGCAGAGAGAUUCUCAGUUUGACCAACGGCCGUGGCGCUGACCAAGUCCUUGACGUUGUUGGUGCUUCGACCAUUGCAGAGUCUUUGCGUGCGCUGCGACAGGAUGGCCUGGUAUCAGCAAUUGGAUUCAUGUCUGCUCCCGAAAAACAUGACCUCAUUCCGGAGAUUAUCUUUGGUGCCAAGACGAUUCGAGGCUUGAUGUACGGCAGCCUGGGCAUGCUCCAGGAUCUGAGUGCUUUUGUUGAGAAACACAAGAUCAAACCAAUCAUUGCGGAAGUUUUCGAGUGGAAUGAUGCCAAACUGGCUUAUAAAGCUAUGCUUGCCCAGGGCUUUGUUGGGAAGAUUGUGGUCAAGGUUGAGUGA